AUGUCCCAACCCCAACAACAAACCCCCACCAUCACCUCCAUCACCGACCUCCCCACCACCGACGCAAAAUGGAUCACCCUCCAACGCAUCGCCUACGUCGACCAAACCGGCCAGCCACGCACCUGGGAAUGCGCGGCGCGCAAGACCCGCGCGCGCUCCGCCGGCGUCGACGCCGUGGCCAUGGGCAACGUGCUGCUGCACCCGUCGCGCCCGCCCUCCACCUUGCUCGUCAUCCAGUACCGCCCGCCGCUGGACGCCUUCACGGUGGAAUGGCCGGCGGGGCUGGUCGACGAGGGCGAGACGGCGGAGCAAGCGGCGGUGAGGGAGUUUAAGGAGGAGACCGGGUAUGAGUGCGCCGUGGUGGGGGUCAGUCCCGUGCAGGCGGCGGAUCCGGGAUUGAGUAGUGCGAAUAUGAAGAUGGUGAUGGUGGAGGUGAGGUUGGGGGAGGGGGAGGAAUUGCCUGAACAGAGGUUGGAGGAUGGGGAGCAUAUUCAGAGGGUGGUGGUGCCCGUUGGGGGAGUUGUAUGA